AUGGCUGCAAUUAUUGGUGGAGGGCCAAGAAAGCCGCCCAGGAUUAUGCGCAAGAAUUAUGCGCUUAAACCGGUUCGAAAAGGCGUUCGGGAUGACGAAGGUGAAAAAAUAAAAAGAGAAGGAUAUGAAGUACAAUCUGGCGUAUUGACUGUAAAUCAUAACCAUCCUUCGAAUUUCAAGCCAAAACAGUUGCCAGGACUAGCAAAUGAUGUUGAAUCCUAUCCGUGCCGAUACUGUGAGGAUAAACUAUAUUUAACUGCGUCAGGACUCGAAAAACAUGCUAAAGAAGUACAUCCUCAAAAUAUGACCGAAAUUAUAUCAGAUAUAAAUACAAUUAGUGGAGAAUGGAAAAAAAGAGAGUUUGAACGCCAUCGAACACGGGAACGUCAAACUAUGGAAAAGUUAAGGCAUGAAGCCCGUGCUCAUCAGUUAAUGAAAGCAGCUCUAGGAAAUAAUCACACAGGGCCUUCCGUUGGAGGAGAACAUUAUGAAGCUUGUUCAAUUUGCAAUAUGCUUGUUAAUAUUGGUCAUCCAACAGCUAUGGAAUCACAUCAAAGGGCUCAUAAGAAAAAUGAUGAACUUAGAUUACAACUGAUUGACCAGUAUGGCCCUGAAGCUGUUGAACGAUUAACAUGUGAAGCGUGUUCUUUGGUAUUUCCGGAUGAUGAAAAACUGAGAGCUCAUGUUGCGUCCCAUCACACCCGAAGAAAGAAAUAUAUUUGCAAAUUUUGUGGUUAUAUUUCGCAGACUAUGUCUGAAUUAAACCUUCACAAAAACGAUAUUCAUAAUUACAGUGCAUGGUCGAACGUCCCAGAUUACUUAAAAGCUCGUCGUACUUUCUAUCAUUAUGACGAUGACCAGAAGAGAAUUCGAAGAAGAACAAAUAAUGAUAUGAAUGAAGGAGGCUCAUCACGGCAACCACUUCUCGGAGAGAUUUCAGAAGGCGAUACGGCUGGAAGAAUUACUUGCCCUGAUUGUGGUCUUAAGUUGAAUAGGCCUCGACUCUUAUUCAAGCAUAUGGAACGAGUUCAUAUGAAAACUUCGUUUUGUUGUCUGGUUGAGACAGGAGGUCUCCCUACAUUUGAGAUAGAAGUGUUGAACGGUGAAAUCUUUUGGACUUGUUGCGAUUCAAAGUUUGACAACCGACCUGAUUUCAUCGAGCAUCGACGACUCCAUAUCCCAACGCAACAUGAAGAAGUUAUAGUUGAAAAUUCAGAAGAUCCUCAUGAGAUACCAUCAACGUCUCAAGAAAUGUUACAAGAAGGACCUAAUGAAGAUGGAAAUGCACAAGAAUUCCCACAAGUUCUACAAUAUGAUGACGGAAGUGGAAACGUUAUGUACGUAGAUAUACCCGAAGGAUUCGAAUUCCCAAUGAUUGUUUAUGAUACGGAAGGAAGAAAAAUACAAUUAUUGCCUCUACAGCAUCCAGAUGGAACUGUCGAUCAUCAGCAGUUUGUGCCUCAGUAUCUUGAUAAUAAUAUUGAACAAGAAGAUGGAGGAGAAAUGCUUGUGGAGGAAAAUGAAAUGAUGGCAUUAGAAGAUGUUGAAGAAGAAGGUGUCGAAGAGAAUGCUUAUGAUCAAUUCCAAAUGGAAAUAGGAAACGACUGGUCAAAUAUGGGAAAUAUGAGAAUGAUACUGGUAAACGGUGAUGAAGUCCUAGAUGAAGAACAUGUGGAUGACAUGGAUAACCAUCACAUGGAACACCAAAUAAUAGAAAGUGUUGAAGAAGAAGGCGACGAAGGAGUUGUACAAAUUAAUGGUCAACCGCUUUUUGAUUAA